AUGGUCCGAAAAAGCCAGUGUGUGGCUCUGGUGGACCUCUACGAGCUGGAAAUAACGAGAUGUCUGGAAUUGCUGUUCAGAGAACCGGAUAAGGUAAUUUUUAGAUUUUUUUCCGAAAAAAACAUCAAUUUUUUGCAGGCUGGUGGACUAACACAGUUGGCACCAGAAGGGCGAAUCGAAGAAUUGAUUGGAGAGUUUGAAAAUGGAGAGGAAUUUUCGAGAAAAUUGUUUGACGAGCUCAAAAAUAGCCCAUUGGCACUGGCGGACGAUGAACGAUUUUACAAAGAUUUGUUGGCGUUUUUACACGAGAAUAGUGAGUUUUUGACUGAAAAUUGGUUGAAAAUGAUAAAAAGUAAUAAUUUUCAGAGCCAAAUCCGGGAUUGCAUCAUCUUUUGGCGUGUUCCGAUCGAAAUGUUCGAAGAAGUGGAUUCAGGUAUUCUUGAAUCGAUUUUCAACGAAAAAACUGCGAAAAAAUGUUUUAGGCUGGUCCUGAACAAUCUUCCCGAAUUUCUAAAGUAUACCGACCCGAAAACAGUCAUUUCGUACCUGGACUCAAUGCCAAUGUACCAGGAAAUUGUACGAGUGUUACGCGAAGAAUUGGAGAGGCAAACAGAGACGAACUUGGAGAUUAUGAAGAAAAUCGUGUUGCGAACGGUCCCGUUGCUCGGCGAUUACGCCGUUUACGAUGUGAUGUACGCGAUCUAUCAGAGAAGUUCGCAGAAUUUGAGCGUGGAAGCUCAGCAGUUCAUCGACAAAAUUAUGAAGUUGCGGGCCGGCGGAUUCGAGACUUUUCACAGUUGGUUUCACACUUUCUCCAGAAUUUUCGUGUCAAAUUGAGAAAAACAAACUAUUACAGAAAUGUGCUGGGGAAAGUAUAAGAUCACAGAAAACUUCUAGAACUCACUUUUUUCGGCCGGCAAUACGUGCUCGCGUCGAGAAAAUGACGCAAAAACCGAGAGAAACAACCGAAACCCAAUAGUUUCGCGUUGCGCGCGUAGGUCAAAGCGAACAGAUUCGACGAAAUUUAUGGAUGCGCCUUUAAAUUGAGAGUGCGCAACGCGUCGGUCUCUGGGGAGGCAGGCUGCGCGAGGAGAAAAAAAGAGAACGGUUCGGCCGGAAAGACGGCAACGGAGACCGCAACGCGCGCGUAGAUCGAUGGCCGUUCGUGUCCGGUGCCACGUUUUCGGUAGAUCAAAGGGUGUUUACGAGUGUUUGAGUGACAGCUACAAUUGUCAUCCUCCCAAAAGCACACGCAUUCGUAGUUUGGUGAACUACAGCGUAUCCUACGGGCCCGCGUCGUGCGGCAGUCCCCGAGAAGGGAGACCUUCCGCCGAAAUCAUCUUUCUUCCCCAUCCCCUGCUUUCCCAGAUGCUAUUCGUAAACCGGGCGCACCGAAAUUACGGAUUGACGUUCAGGAGACCGCGCGCGCGCGCGAAAAUCACUGUUCUCUCGCACUGCCGUCCUGUCGAUCGUUCAGAAAACCACUGUUCGUCGGAGAAGAGGCAGUGUUGUUCAGUCCUGUCUUGCGCACAAUGUCAAUGUGUUUUUGCAGUCUCCGGGGUCUAAUUUUGCAACAAGUUUCAGUUGUUUUUCAUUUGAAUUCUAGAAGAACUUUCAAAACUUCUCACACAGUUGCAAUCGGACCCAAACUUUGCAGGCUACUUGGACUUGUAAUGAAGUAUAUUGAGUCCAAGUUCCAGACCGAUCCGAGUCAAAAAGCAUGCAAAGUUUUGGUCCGAUCGGAUUAGCCCACGUGGCCAGAUUACUGAAUUUGACCGAAAUCUGGUGUUCCUCCUACUUUUUAUUUGUUAAUAUCGUCCAGAAAGUACAAGCUCCACGAAAAUCAAGCGAUUUCUGGGGAAAAUACCCAAACUUUAUUUUACAGAAAACAUAGACAACAACCGUUUCCUAAUCCGCGGACGGAUCGUGAUUUGUCCAGUGAACGAAUCGGCCACCGAACUGCUUAUGUACCUGGGAACACCCGCAAUCGAGCACAAUACACGAUUCCGGUAAAAAAUGACGCAUCUUCUUCAUAUUGUCGUUUUAUCGCUCUUUUCGUCGUUUGCUAAUGCUAAAAAGCGAUAGUAUUUUGAGAAAUAAGACGCAGACGGGCAGAGACCACCCGAAGUGUACUAUUUUCGAGCAAAGACGCUCAUUUCUGCUCUCUUGCUAAUGCUAACAGAGAGAGAGAGCAUUUAGACAAGUUUUUGCUCAAUUUUCAGUGCAAGUUUAGUGAAAAAAGACAUUUUCAGAAUGGUGAAUCUGCAAUUCGAUCAUAUUCCGAACGAGCGAUCCACUCAACGCAUAGUCAUCGAAUCGGUUCAGCAGAGAAUCCAUGCUCGUUAGUUUCAAAAAACAUUUUCUGAAAUCACUUCAGCACCAGCGGACCCACAGGCAGAACGCCACGGACGACCAAUGGCUCAUCGAUGAGGUAUCCAAAGAGUUAGGACGCGGGAGAAAGAAACCACGACACCGGGGGGAGUGCCUGCACUGGGUACCAUGAGUCCGGAAGAAUAAAUUGUCCUCGUAACAUGCAAGAUACUCUUUAGUACCACGAGACGGGACCAUCCCCGUUCCAAACCGCUUGGAUACCUGGAAAACGAUUGGUAGGUAUCCAAACGGCUUUAGACGGGGGUGGACUCGUCUGAUGGUGCCAACGGAUGGGUGGAAUGGUAUGGGGACCUUUGCAUACUUCUGUCUCAUAUUGCCCUGUCCAGACUCUUGUCCCUGUCUCGUGGUAUUCUUCGGCCGCGUCCCAAAUUUUUGGAUACCUGAUCGAUGGGUCAUUCGGCCCACAUCCAUUUUUGGUCGAUAUUUAGACCUAUGCGUUUUGCCUGUGCCAUGCGAGCCAGGCUUUUUUGGAAUUGCUCAACAAUGCAAAAAGCCAAAUCUGAAUCCCGGCGCUAGCCGGGGGAAAUGCAAUUUUUCAGUCUAAAAAUUCCAGAACGUCCGAUGAGCCUGCGCCAGUACCAGCAUGAAUUGUGCAAAGUGGCCCUUCGUGGUGAAAAUACGAUCGUGACGGCGCCGACUGGAUCCGGAAAAACCGUAAUCGCCGCCAAUAUCCUCAAACAUCACCUGGAAAGCCGUCAGAACGAAGGCAGACGCUUCAAGGUGAUUUUGUACAUUUUUCAAAAGCAUUUUUCCCCAAAUUUUUAGGCCCUGUUCAUGACGCCGAAUUCGAUGAUUCUGAAGCAACAAGCGGAUAGUCUCUCCAGCUAUUUGGACCAUGUGUUUCAUGUGAAUAUUGUUUUUCAGAGUUUUCCCUUAUAACUACUCAUUUUUAGGUGCAAAUAAUCCAAGGAGCCGACAAUGUGCCGAUCCGUGAUUCGAUCCGCUCGAAAGACCUGAUCGUGGCCACUCCGCAGAUGAUUGUGUACGAUCUCCCCUUCCCCCGAUACGCGUCUAAAUUUCGCGAUUUUUGUACAGAAACAUUUGCAAAGAUCACGAAAAUGGGCUUGAGGACGGAUUCGAGGUCGAACAAUUCUUCCUCUCCACGUUUACCAUCAUUUUCUUUGACGAGUGCCACAAUACGCUCAAAAAUUCGCCGUAUGCGAGUGAGUAAAAUAAAUUUCCGGAAAAAAAAUGCAAUAGCUAUCUUUGCAGAUAUCAUGCGAGAAUACCAUAAGCUGAAAAACACGGGCGUGAUGCCGGACGGCCACGAAUUGCCGCAAAUCAUCGGAUUGACGGCCUCGCUGGGCACUGGCGAUGGAAAAGACACGGGCGGAGUCAUCGAGCACAUUGCCGAUCUGUGCGCGAAUAUGAACGUGAAGGAAUUGAGUAUUGUCAAGGAGAACACGGCCGAAUUGGAGGGAUACUCGCCCAUCGUCCCAGAUAGUCAGUGUUUUUAAAGGGAAACAUUGUUGGAGGCAGAAAUGUACGCUGGCGUUGUGUUGAUUUUUCCAAAUUUUCCCUCGAUUUCUCAGCAACAUAUUGCUCUUCAUCGGUUUUUCCCAUUUUCCGAAACAGAUCGUGUUUUCUCCAGAUUCACACGCUCAAAAAUAUUUCCCCUCUGGGCACAUCAGGUAUCCAAAGAGUUGGGACGCGGGCGAACAACGUCAACGUACCUUUCUGCAGCAUCAGAUCGUUUCCAACUUUUAAAAUCAUUCAGCCAAAUCACUGCAAUUUCAGCUGUUUGCUACUUCGAACGUUCGACAGACGGAGCAAUUGGCGAAUUCACGAGGCGAGUGUGUCAAAUGAUGAAGGAAAUCGAGUUGAUCAUCCUCAAAGCACUCAGUAAUCCUUUUUCUUUGAGAAAAAACCGAAAAGAAUCACAAAUUCAACAGAAUCCGAUCGUAUUCCGGUGGGAGAGGGUCGGACACGCGCCCCAGACGAGCGGGACCGGGAAUACGCGACCGCAACGUCGUUCCUUAAGGCUCCCGACGAAAAAGAGCACCAGGGCUACCUGAAUUGGGUGUGCACGCAGCUGAAUCUCGUGUCGGAGACCAAAUUCACCAAUCCGCAAACGACGAAAAUCAAAGUGAACGAGGCGUUGACCGUUUUGAAAGUGACUUCGUUUUAUUGUAUUUUCUGUUGAACAUGCAUGACCAAUGUGACCCACAGAAGUAAUUUAGACACUUGGGGCAACCUGUUACAGUCGCGGUAAAGUCGGAAAUAUCCAGAUUGCUGCCCUUUAAGGACAUUCCAGCAAUCUGAACAUUUCCGACUCUAGUGCAGUUAGAACAACUCGAAAACCUGUUACAGUCCAGAUAAAUUUGGCAGCCGUACGGCAGCCGUACGGGAAAAGAGCUUUUAUCAACUUUUAUAAUUGUUUCGAAAAGAAAAAGGAAACAUUGCCAAAACUACGAGUUCCAUUAUCUUCUUCUAGUUAAACACAUUUUUUUUGUGAGAAUCGGUACAAAGUUGCAAUUUUCCAGGAAUGCUAUCUGACACUCACCUACAACAUGAAUUUCAAUCCGGAAAUCGCUCUGAACUAUUUGAGAGGCGAAAUGGAGAUGAGAAGCGCGGAUUUCACGCACGAGAUGGCCAUGAUCUGGGACAGUACGUGUUUUUCAAAUUAGAACAUUUUUUGAAUCUUCUUUCAGGAUACCACAAUCAGCUGGCGACGAACGGAACGGCUCUGAAUCCGAUGAUCGAGCAAGUCGAGAAGUAUUUAUUGGAAAUUCACAGAUCGCAGCCGGAUUUCCGCGCGAUUAUUUUUGUGCGAACCCGCUACGAGGCCGGAAUACUCAACGAUAUCCUCUGUAAAAAUGGGCAGUUGAAAGAACGAGAAAUCUAUUCGGAUUGGAUUUCUGGUCAGCCUUUUUUUCGGGAAUUGAAUAGUUGGAGAGUGUCUUCAACACAGUUCCAUAAGAACUGAUUAGUGUGAAGAAAACUUUCGGACGGCGUCUGGAAUCUGGGCGGGUCUGAGAUCGACUUUGAAAGAGCGGAAAUAGUGCUCGUUGUUAAUAAUAAACACUCCGCAGGCCUGAACAAAACGACGGGAAACACGAGUCAGGCGGCGGCGACAAAGCAGAAGCAGAUGGAAAAGCUGAAAUGUUUCAAAGACGGAUCGAUCCGCGUGCUGGUGUCGACCUCAGUGGCCGAGGAGGGUCUCGACGUGGCCAAGUGCAAUCUCGUCAUCAAGUACAACUAUGCGACCAACGAAAUUGCUCACGUUCAGAGAAGAGGUCUUUUUUUUGUGUAAAACCGUUGGUUUCUCGUGAAAUUGUGAAAUGUUUUCAGGAAGAGGACGUGCGGUCAACUCGACCUGCGUUCUAAUCACGAACAGCCCGGAGCUCCAGGAUCAGGAGAGCUCGAAUAAGGAUAAGGUUCGGAAUAUUUUCACAAUUGCCCACAAUUUUAACCCAAUGCUUUUCAGGAGAACAUGAUGCGAACGGCGCUAUUGCAAAUCCAGCUGAAUCCCGAUGGUUUCAAACUGAAAGUGGCGGGACACGUGGACAAAAUCUGGCAGCGAAUCCAAAAGGAGGACACGGAACGGGCGCAGCAGAUCGCCGCGCAGGCCCAAUCCGGAGUGGUCUACGAGGUGCUGUGCAAGAAGUGCGAAGUGCGGCUGUGUCUGAGCACGGACAUCAAGGCGAGGGGCACACAGUAUCUCGUGUGCGAGCCCGGCUUCUGGAGCCGCGUGCGCAGAAUCGACGCGACGCCCGAGGAGAUCGCCAGGGAUAUCAAGUUCAACGCCGUCGGAAAGGUACGGUUUUUUUUGGUAUAGAACCAGAACAGGUAUCAAUGAUGUCUCUCUCUCCCUUUGACUUUUUGAGCGCGUUUCGGAUAAGCAAAAACGAACGUUUAUAUUCUUUCUUUUUUUCUUCAAAAUGAAUUCAUCUCCAGAUUCUGUGCGUCGGCUCGAAAUGCGGAAAUCCAUUGGGCCGCCUGAUAGACAUCGACUCGACGGCGAUGCCCUGUCUCGCUGCGGAAUGUACGACUUUUCUCUAUGUUUUCAAAAAACCGUUAAUCUUUUUCCAGCCUUUGUUCUCCAGUGCAGCGGAGAAAGGAGAAUUGUGAAAAAGUGGAAAGCGGUAAGUGCUUUUUUGUUUUAGAAAGUUAGAUAACAAUUGCAGGUCCUCGAAAAUUACUUUACACCGCACAAAAUCCGCGCGUUGGACAUUCAGAUAAUGAAAAAUGCGUCGAACGCCCGAAAUCCGAUUCACUACGAUAUUCACCGAAGUGAUGGGACUUCGGAGCAUGUCAUCAGACAUGCCUGA